AAUGUUCGUGCAGAUGAUACAACGUACGGUCUAUCUACGACUUCGUUGUUUUGAUUUUUCCAACACGUGUGAGAUGUGUUAACUCCAUAUUCAUAUGGUCAAGAAUUACACAUGGAAAAUCUAAAAUCACCGAGUGUUGGAAAGGAAGGAAGUGAUAAGGAAAAAGCGAGACUCCAAAAAUGUACAAAAAACACAGUCAGACCAUGGCGAAAAAAAAUUAUCGAAAACUUUUGUGAGAUGAAAUAUAGAAGUAAACAGAAAAAGGGGACUAAAAGAGGAGAUGCAGUCGAUAGUCCAAAACCAACAGAUAAAACGGAAAAACAGGAUAAAAAACAAGUAGAUAAGGUGCAAAAAAAAUUGAAAAGCAAAGUGCAGAGAGAAGGACCUCAUAAAGAUCUAAAAAGACUUAAACAUGGACCAAAACAAAACAUCUUCAAGGAAAAGAGAAAUGUGAAUAAGAAAGUUCCCAAACAACAUCCUACAUUGCAGAAGGAUGAAUUUCCUGGGGAAGCACCUGUGUCCAAAAAGUUAAUGUCGAAAUAUCGGAGAGGAAAACAACUGCAGAUGAAAGCAACACGGACACGGCAUGGAGCGGUGAAACUUAUUCAGAAUGAGAAGCGGGUAGAAAUGGCAGUAAAACAGGCAGCGCGAUCCGAACGACUGUUACAGGAGCAGUCCGGUUUUCUGAUACCAGACGAUGGAGAAAGCACCACAAAUGUCACCCAGACAGACAUUGUUCAAGAAGCAGAUAUCACCACAGCUCAAAAACAUUUCAACCUUGACCUACCACACUUUGGGCCGUACAAGUUGCAGUACACCAGGAAUGGGAAGUUCCUUUUAAUUUCAGGGAGUAAAGGUCAUGUUGCAGCCAUGGAUUGGCUGACUAAGCGACUACUGUGUGAAAUUAAUGUCAUGGAAACCGUUAGAGACAUUAGGUGGCUUCACCAAGAAACUAUGUAUGCUGUUGCCCAGAAACAGUGGACGUACAUCUACGACAACCAGGGGAUAGAACUGCACUGUCUGAAACAGCUGCAUGAGGUGUUAAGGCUGGAGUUUCUACCCUAUCAUUUCCUCCUGGCCAGUGCUAAUGCUAAUGGCUACCUGUACUGGUUAGAUGUCUCAGUGGGUCAGAAAGUGGCUAGCCACAGUACUGGACUAGGCAGACUGGACGUCAUGUGUCAGAAUCCCUACAAUGCCGUCAUUUGUUUAGGACACACAGGAGGAAGUGUUACCAUGUGGUCGCCAAAUGUAAAUGAGCCUCUUGUCAAGAUGCUUUGUCAUGGUGCUGCUGUUAGGUCCAUAGCUAUAGAUGCCAGUGGAAAUUAUAUGGCUACAUCUGGAGUAGACAGGAAGAUGAAGAUAUGGGACAUUCGGAAAUUCCAGAUGCUUCACUCGUACCAUAUCGGUUGUGGUGCUGGGAAUAUGGUGUUCAGUCAAAAAGGUUUGCUGGCCCUGGGUAAAGGAAAUAUUGUAGAGGUGUACCAAGACCCAUGUAGACAGCAAGUUACUUCCCCUUACAUGAUCCAGAAGAUGAGGACGACGAUCAAUAAUGUCCAGUUCUGUCCGUACGAAGAUGUCCUUGGAGUGGGGCACGGAGAUGGAUUCACAAGUCUAAUUAUCCCAGGUGCUGGUGAGGCUAACUUUGAUGCAAUGGAAUCAAAUCCUUACCAAACCAAGAAACAGAGGAGAGAAGCUGAGGUCCAAAUGUUGCUGGAUAAGAUUCCAUCGGAAAUGAUUCAUCUAGACACCAAACAGAUCAGCAAAGUGGACAUGAAGACGUUCGCAGAGAAAGUGGAGGAAAACAACAAGAUACAUUUCAAGAAGCCGAUGUCAAUAUCCUAUGAACCUAAGCACAAAAUGAAAGGCAGUGGUAGUGGAAGAAAGAAAGAACAGAGGAAGAGGGGGGUGAUAGAAGAACACCGAAAACAGACAAUAAAAGACAUCGUCAGAGACAAGCAGCAGGAGCAUGGGAAGGCAAAGGGAGACGAGUCAGGGAUUUCUAAGUCUAAAGGUGUGCUGGACAGGUUCAAAAAGACAGAAUCAUGACAAUACAAUGAAUUAAAAUUCUGUCCAAUGGCUGCUAGGUACCAUUAUAUGCAUCAUGCCAAUAAAUUGAAGUGAAGGCUGAUGUACAUUGUUUGUAAUCACGGAGGCGGAGAUAUCUGUUAUCAGCCUUGAGAUUUCCAUACGUUUCCAUACUUGGUAGUGAGUAAUCUGCCAUUUUAUGUAGUUGUCAUCUCUCGCAUAUCUGUAUUUGCCCUAACAUCCAUCAAUUUAAGGAUUAAAGAUAUGAUAUAUUGAAA